UUCACUUUCAAUGAACCUUCUUCUUUAAUCCUCUCUCUCUCUCUCUGAAAGGCUCUCGCUUUGCUGCUUUUCUUUGGGUUUCUUCUCUAGGGUUUCGAUCCACCGACGAUGCCGCAAUUCAAGCGGCUAUCCUCCGGCGCCGGGGGAGGAGUCCAGCGGGCUCGAUCCGGUGGUUUCCGGCCGUCUAUCAUCCUUCUUCUUCUCUUCUCCUUCCUCGCUGCCUUGGCCUUCAUCGCCGCCCGGAGUGCUCGGAACGAUGAACAGAAAGGAGCUAUGGAUGUGUCAAAUAAAAAGGUUUUAGACUGGAGGGAACAGUUGGCGCUGGAAAGCAUGAAAUCUGUUUUGACUAAAGAGGUGAUUGAUUCAAUUUCUGCAAGCAAAAAUGAAUUGGGACCAUGGAGUCUAGAUCUUUUCCGGAGAAACCAUGUGUCAUCUUCAUGGAUAAUUGAAGGGUUAGAUGAUCAGCAAAAGAAUGCAUCUUCUAUUGAUUCAUCUCAAACAGCUUCAGAUGCUGAGCAGAAGACCUCAUUGACCAAAUCAGAAAAAAAUACAUCUGCUGGUGAUUUUAAGAGAACAGAUGAGGGGAAACAAGAUGACACUGAUGGACAUCAACCAGUUGAUACACCAGCAAAACUAGCUCGAAGGCAAUUGAGAGAGAAAAGGCGGGAGAAAAGGGCAAUGGAGUUGGUUCAGCAGGAUGAGGAGGCAUUAAUUCGACUUGAAAAUGCAGCCAUUGAGCGGUCAAAAUCUGUGGACUCUGCAGUCCUAGGGAAGUACAGUAUUUGGAGGCGAGAUAAUGAGAAUGAAAAUCCUGACUCAACAGUUAGACUAAUGCGAGACCAAAUGAUCAUGGCUAGGGUCUACUCAAUUAUUGCUAAGACAAGGAACAAGCAUGACCUAUAUCAGGAACUGCAAACUCGGCUCAAGGAAUGUCAACGUGCAGUUGGAGAGGCUAAUGCUGAUGCUGACCUCCAUCAUAGUGCACCUGAGAGAAUGAAAGCCAUGGGUCAAGCGCUAUCUAAAGCAAGACAAGAAUUGUAUGAUUGCAAGGCUGUAACUCAGAGGCUCAGAACCAUGCUUCAAUCUGCCGAUGAGCAGGUUAGGAGCUUGAAGAAACAGAGCACAUUCCUCAGUCAAUUGGCUGCAAAGACAAUUCCCAACGGGAUCCAUUGUUUAUCCAUGAGACUAACCAUAGCCUACUACCUACUUCCUCCAGAGAAAAGGAAAUUCCCAAGGAGUGAGAAUUUGGAAAAUCCAAAUCUUUACCAUUAUGCCCUCUUUUCUGACAAUGUCCUGGCUGCAUCAGUUGUUGUCAACUCAACCAUCAUGAAUGCUAAAGAGCCAGAGAAACAUGUAUUCCAUUUAGUCACCGAUAAGUUGAACUAUGGGGCCAUGAACAUGUGGUUCCUCUUGAACCCGCCUGGAAAGGCAACUAUUCAUGUAGAAAAUGUGGAUGACUUCAAGUGGUUGAAUUCUUCAUAUUGUCCAGUUCUGCGACAGUUGGAGUCUGCUGCAAUGAAGGAGUACUAUUUCAAAGCUGAUCAUCCUACAACCCUUUCAGCGGGUUCUUCAAAUUUGAAAUACCGUAAUCCAAAGUAUCUUUCAAUGCUGAACCAUUUGAGGUUCUAUCUGCCAGAGGUUUACCCCAAGUUGGAUAAAAUUCUCUUCCUCGAUGAUGAUAUUGUUGUUCAAAAGGAUUUGACACCUCUAUGGUUAGUUGAUCUCAAAGGGAAGGUCAAUGGUGCUGUGGAGACCUGUGGGGAAAGUUUCCACCGCUUUGACAAAUAUCUCAAUUUCUCAAAUCCUCAUAUUGCAAGGAAUUUUGAUCCUAAUGCAUGCGGUUGGGCAUAUGGAAUGAAUAUGUUUGACCUGAAAGAGUGGAAGAGGAAGGAUAUCACAGGGAUUUACCACAGGUGGCAGAAUUUGAAUGAGGACAGAGUACUGUGGAAACUGGGCACACUUCCACCUGGACUGCUGACGUUCUAUAAACUAACUCAUCCACUGGACAAGUCAUGGCAUGUGCUUGGACUGGGUUACAAUCCGAGCAUAGAUCGGUCAGAAAUAGAUAACGCAGCUGUCGUUCACUACAAUGGAAACAUGAAACCUUGGCUGGAGCUAGCUAUGACCAGGUACCGCCAUUACUGGACCAAAUAUAUCAAGUAUGAUCACCCAUACAUUCGGAACUGCAACCUUAACGACUAGUUCCAGGCUAAAUAAUUCCAUCCUUUGCUCGGACAUGAGAAUCAUCCCCUGCUGUAAAGAAGGUGAGAACAGGUGAGAGCUCUCAGAUGAUAUAUUGUUUCUAUCGUCUAUCCUGUUCUGAAAUCCUGCUAUUCCUGGGCACUGCUGCUAUUCCAUUUACAGUUAAAUUCUUGAUUUGUCGACACUUGAGUAGCUGCAUUUUCUGCAAAGUCAAGAGCUCUCCUGUGUAAUGAACUUCAUGUAUCAAAAUGUGCAGAGACGUGAUAAUUUAUUUUUGUAUUUUUUAUUGUUUAUUUCUUAGGAUAUCAUGGGAUUUCAUCUCUUUGAUCAGGAUUCUCAUUGUUAAUCCUAUCAGUAAUUCCUACUA